AUGUACAAUCUUCUUCACCAGCAUCAACAACUUGUACAACACGAAAACGAAAGAACUUAUACGUCACAAUGUUUUGAUUCGAAAGUUAAUGUUAUUUCUCAAUCAUCAAACCCAUAUCAAGAAAUCGAUGAUUAUUUAGCUGCUGAUUUUAGACAGAGUUUUUUUGAUGAUAAUAAUUCUGAUGAUAUUGAUAUUUUAUUAUUUUGGUAA